AUGGGGCAGGUAACAGAGGAGACGACGUUUCUGAGACGGGUAGCGGACGCACUGGUCUCGACAAAACUGAAUGAUGAUGCGGUAGACCCGUCCGUCAAAGAGUUGCUCACGAGGGUCCAGUGCCAGCAGGACGCUCAAGUAGACGGGUCGCCGACUCCUCGUGAUGUGCAGAGGGCAUUCCGGUUUGAUCUGCGGGAGAAGUCCGAAUCGGGCUCGUCGUUGGACGAUUCCCACGGUAUACCUGGUGGUGUUCACAAAGAGAACUCAACGGACAGUACAAGUACUGCCAUCACAGACAAAAAUGGUAGCAUUGUUGCGAACAAUCUUGCUUAUGCGGGGGCACAAGAUUCUGGGGAGAAGUAUCCCUGCGCGCAGUGCGAGCUUGAGUUUCUGCGACCUGGUGAUCUGAGAAGGCAUGAGAAAGCACACAGCAUUGCAUCCCCGCAUAUAUGCUCUCGCUGCGGGAAAGGGUUUGCACGCAAGGACGCACUCAAGAGACACUUCAACACUCUGACAUGCUCCAGGAACAGAAAGAAACUCAUGAAAAUGGCAGGCGACAACUUCGAGGCGCUCAUAGCCAAAGCACAGCGUGACGGCAUUAGUAUAUAG